AUGAACAAAAAAAAAAAAGAUAAUAUUAAAAAAUCUAUAAACUUAAAAGCGUUAGAGGAUAAAUUAAAUAUAUUAAAUUUUAUGAAAAUUGAUUUUGAUAAAAUUCUAGAAAGAGAAAAUGAAAAAUACACUAAAAUUUCUAAUAAGCACAAUUCUAAAGUAGAAAACACAUUAAAUGAAAAAGAAAGAAUAAAUAUAAUUUUAGAAGAAUUAAUAAUAUCAUGUGAUGAAAAAAGAAGUAAUUUAGAUAAUUAUAUAAAAGUUGCAAAUGAAAUAAUUAAUAAAAAUAAUGAACUAAUUGAAAAAGAAAAGUCAGAAAUAGAAAACAUUUUUUCAAAAAAAAAUAAAGAAAUUCAUGUUAUUCAACAAAAAAUUAAUUUCGUUAAAAGUUCUUAUGACGACUUAAAUUCCGCAAUAAAAAAUAUUUUUAAUGAUUUGAAUUCAUUUUUGACCAAUAAAAUUAAUGUAAAAUUAAAUAUUGAUAAAUUAACUGAAAGUAGUGAACCACAAAAAGUAGAUAUAAAUAAAGAAAUAAGAGUUCAAAAAGAAGAAAAAAUAAAGAGGGUAAAUAAAGGAGAAGAGAAAAAUUAUGAUGAAUAUAAAGUAAAAUUAUAUGAAUCUAUAAGUGAAUACAAUAUAAUAUUAAACAAUAUUCAAUCGUUCAUAAAAAAAAAUAAGUUAAAUGAACUAUAUGAACCUCCAUGUGAAAAAAGAAAUGAAAUUAUGUCAAGUGAAGAAUAUUCUAAGGAUGUUGCAUCUGAGAUAAUGAAUAAUAAUCAUUAUAAUUCUAGUAAAAUAUGUGAUAAUAAUAUGAGUUAUAAAAAUAAAUGUGUUAAAAAUAUAGGGGAAAAUGGAGAAACAAAGAGUUAUAGUGAGAGAAAUGAAAGUAAAAAAGUUGAAGAAAAGGUAGAUAAAAAGAGUGAAGAAAAAGAAAGUGAAGAUGAAGAUAGACAAGAAAAAAAUGAAGAAGGUGGAGAGAAAAAAAGUGAUGAAGAGAGAGAAAAAGAAGAGAAUGGAAAUAAAGAUAUAUUAGAAGAAAAUGAAGAAAGUGAAGAAAAAAAAAGUGAGGAUGAAGAGAGUGAAGAUGAAAAAAGUGGAAAUAAAGAGAGUGAGGACGAAGAGAGUGAAGAUGGAGUAUGUGAAGAUAAAAAAAGUGAGAAUAAAGAAAGUGAAGAAGAGAGUGAAGAUGAAGAAAGUGAAGAUGAAGAAAGUGAAGAUGAAGAGAGUGAGGAUGAAAAAAGUGAGGAUAAAGAAAGUGAAGAAGAAGAGAGUGAAGAUGAAGAGAGUGAAGAUGAAGAGAGUGAAGAUGAAAAGAGUGAAGGUGAAGAGAGUGAAGAUAAUAAAAGUAAAAAUGAUGUAAAUGAAAAUGGAAAAAAAGAAAGAAAAAUGUCUGUACAUGAUAAAACUAAAUUUGAUUUUAUUAAAAGUGACGAGAACGAAAGAGAAGUAAUUGAAAAGAAAAAAAAGAGUUAUAAUUAUGAGGAUCUUGAAAUGGGAGAAAAAGGAAAUAGAAAAACUAAUGAAGUAUCAAUUUUAAAUGAAAAAGAAAGUGAUAUAUAUAAUUUCUCUUUAGAAGUAAAUAAAAAAAUAUCAAAUGGUAAUAUGAAUGUUCUCACUGGUAAAAUAAAGAAUAUAAAUUAUGAUUAUAUAUCUUAUUUUGAACAGAAAUUAAAAAAUUAA